AUGCUCGAAAACGAAGUCAAAGAUAAUGCCCUUUAUGAUAUGGUCCUUGCAACUACAAUGAAAGCUCCAGAAAUAUUGAUUGAUGAUUGCGCAGUGCAUGUUUAUUGUGGUGGUGGAUCAGAGUUGUAUAUCUUUGACACGGAUAAAGGAGCAAAGAUUGGUGACUAUACUCUGGAUGGAUCCUGUGAUCCAUCUCAACAGAAAUGGCAAUUGGACGUCGGAAAUGGUAUAGAGCAGUAUACGGUGUUGAAGGCAGUCUGUGCUUUGAAAGGAACCGAGAACAAAUGCUAUCCAGAGUCGCCAGCUGCAUUUCUAUUUGCCUAUUCAAACGAUUUGGAUUACAGUGAUGUAGAAGAAGUGUACUCACGGUUUAUCUACGGACCCGUUUUUUAUUGGGAAAAGUAUGUGAUAGUGGCAACAUCUCGAUUUGAUACAAAAACAAAAGAAGAAAUUAUGUUUUUUGAAAACAAUACACUAGGUGAUAGUUAUCGGGCUGCUUCUGAUUAUAUGAAUAAAACAAGAAUGGAUCCAUCGCAAAGAUUUGAUAGUUCGGAAACAGGAAGUGAUGUAUUGGAUAUGUUGGAAAGAUUUAUCGAUAGCGAUCACUACUCAGUAUGCGCGUCUCGUGCUUUCAUUAUGAUGAAACGAAGCCCAAAUGAAGUUGAAAUUUCAAAAAUAGUGAGAAAAAUUAGACAAUGGCGCAUUGAAUUGAACAUUGCCAUCGAGCAUCCAUCCUCUGGAGGCCUUCAUCCUGAAACUAUGUACAACUUGGCCGCCAAAACAAAUGGAUAUUGCUCAUUUGCGCCUGAAAUAAUAGAGGGAGCCUUGGUGGAGCGAAAAUCGCCUGGAAGACCGCGUAUCACGUCGAAGAACAUGGAUCGGAACAUCGUCCGAGUUUCAAGAGAGGAUCCCCAGAGGAGUUCUACGGACAUUCAGAUGGUCGUGAAGACACCAAAUGAAGUCACACCAUCCCUGAGAACCGUCAGAAGACGUCUUCAAGAUGCUGGACUCCAUGGACGACGGCCAGCUAAGAAACCAUCGAUCAGCAAGAAGAACAGAAUCGCCCGCGUAGCAUGGGCCAGAGCUCAUCUCCACUGGGGACGUCAGGAUUGGGCUAAUCACGUGUUCAGCGACGAAUCCAAGUUCAAUCUGUUCGGUACUGACGGUAUCAAGUGGAUUCGCCGUCCGGUUGGAUGUCGGUUCGAUCCCAGCUACCAGCUCCAAACCGUCAAGCAUGGAGGUGGAUCGGUGAUGGUCUGGGGCUGCUUCUCUGGGACUUCAAUCGGCCCGCUGAGAAGAAUUACAAGCAUCAUGGAUCGCUUUGUGUAUGAAGACAUCUUGGAGAACACAAUGAGACCCUGGGCAAGGUCUACUGUGGGCCGGGCGUUCGUUUUCCAACAGGAUAACGACCCGAAGCACACCUCGAAGCACAUCAAGGAGUGGUUCCGACGCCGCCACGUGGAUCUUCUGGACUGGCCAAGUCAAUCUCCGGACUUGAAUCCGAUCGAACACCUCUGGGAGCAUGUCGAGAGACAGCUUAGAGGGGUUCGUGCCUCGAAUGCCAACCAGAAGUUCGACCAACUCCAAGAUGUCUGGCAGGCCAUCCCGAUGUCUGUCAUCGACACCCUUCUCGACUCGAUGCCAAGAAGAUGUCAAACGGUAAUCGACGCCAAAGGCUUCCCAACGAAGUACUAA